GAGCUGGUACAUGAACGGCAACGUGCUAAUUAUCAUCGUCAGCGUCUGCGUCAUCCUGCCCCUGGCGCUCAUGAAACAUCUCGGCUAUCUGGGGUACACCAGCGGGCUCUCGCUGACCUGCAUGGUCUUCUUCCUCAUCUCGGUGAUCUACAAGAAGUUCCAGAUCUCCUGCCCGCUGAACGGGACCGAGCCCGCAACCCCCCUCGUCUACUACAAUGGGCACAACGCCAGCGCCGCCGGCACCACUGGGGACGAGUGCACGCCCCAGACCUUCACCGUCAACUCCCAGACAGCGUACACCAUCCCCAUCUUGGCUUUCGCAUUCGUCUGUCACCCGGAGGUGCUGCCCAUCUACACAGAGCUGCGCAGAGCCUCGAAGCGGCGCAUGCAGAGUGUGGCGAACGUCUCCAUCCUGGCCAUGUUCAUCAUGUACCUGCUGACGGCCAUCUUCGGCUACCUCACCUUCUACGGGAACGUCGAACCGGAAAUGCUGCACACGUACAGCGAGGUGGAUCCCCUGGACCGGCUCAUCCUCUGCGUCCGCCUGGCCGUGUUGAUGGCCGUCACACUGACAGUGCCCGUGGUGCUCUUCCCGAUCCGCAGAGCCAUCCAGCAGCUACUCUUCCACGGGAAGGAUUUCAGCUGGGUUCGGCAUGUGAGCAUCGCUAUCUGCCUUCUGUUCUUGGUCAAUCUCCUGGUCAUCUUUGUCCCUAACAUCCGGGAUAUCUUUGGAGUCAUUGGCGCCACCUCCGCCCCCAGUCUCAUUUUUAUCCUCCCCAGCAUCUUCUACCUCCGCAUCGUUCCCAAUGAAAAAGAACCGCUGAGAUCCAGGCCAAAAAUCCAGGCCGCCUGUUUCGCUGCCCUCGGCUUCAUUUUCAUGGUGAUGAGUCUCGGCUUCAUCGUGGCUGACUGGGUGACGACUGGACGGAGCAGCGGCGGGGGGCACUGACCCGCCCCCCCGCCGACCCCCGGCACAGACACAUGGACCCCACUGGGCCGGCUCGGGGGGCCCAGCCAUUGCUGGGGCAAGGGCACCGCCACCUCCCAUUGGCCCUUGCUCUGCUGCAGCCGUGGCAACACUGAGACCAGCGCUAGGGCCUGCCCAUUGGCCAACUGUUACCAUGGCAACACUACAGACCCUGGCAGCGACUGGUGUCCAUGGGAACGGUGCCAAGGCCCUUCCAUCAACUGUUACCGUGGCAAUGCUACAGCGACUGGUUUCCAUGGAAAUGGUGUGAAGGCCCUUCCAUCGGCCACCUGUUACCACGGCAAUGCUACAGCUCCUGGCAGCGACUGGUGUCCAUGGGAACGGUACCAAGGUCCUUCCAUCGGUCGACUGUUACCGUGGCAAUGCUACAGCUCCUGGCAGUGACUGGUUUCCAUGGGAAUGGCGCUAAGGCCCUCCUAUGUGUGCCUUGUAGUCAUGGCAGCCUCCCAUUUCCAUGGGACAAAGCUCCUGAUUGGGCCAUCGGUGCCAUGGCAACGGCAGGUUCCCCACGACUACUGAGUCCCCUGACUACAGCGCAACUGGGUUCUCCUUAGCUCCCUGUCGCCGUGGCAACAUGGCAGGUCCCCAGGGGAACAACACCAGGCCUUUGUUGCUGUGACAACGCUUUGGCCACUGCUGGAGUGGGUGGGUGGGGGGGUCCCAUAGCAACAGUUCCCUCCAGACAAUGCCUCCCACCUCUUUGGUUCCCAUGGAGACAGGAACACCCCCUCUCCCCUGCUUGUACUCAUUCCCUGGCAUCAGUUGAAGAGGGACUGUGAAUCCGACUGUGCCAGGGCGGGGGCCAGGUGGAUCCAUGGCACUCUUAUUUAUUGCUCUUAUUUAAUUCGGAGCCAGCAGCCAGACCAAAGAGCGAUGCUGGGCUCACUGCUGGGGCCAGGAUCGUGACACCCCCCCAGGACUCCUGGGUCCCAUCCCCAGCGACGGGGCCAUGGGCUGUCCACUUUUUUGUGCCUCAGUUUCCCCACUGGGAGAUAGGGGCGUGUUCCCAUCCUGCUGAGGAUUAACCCUCGAGUGUCUGAAUUCUCCGGGGCCGGAGGAGACGCUGUUACUGUUACAGUAAUGGGGGAGGCAGGGGGUGAGCGUCCCGUGGAGCCUCAGGACGCCUGGGUUCUUCCCGGGACGCCUGGCUUCCUGAGCGGGGCUGGGGGGGAGGCGAAGCCGUGUGCCUACAGGCCUGUUUGCCGCCUGGGACAGGCCCCAACCAUGGUGCAGAAUUCGCCCCACGUCAGCACCUUUCCCCCACCACACGGGGGCACCGUUGGUUGAGCCAGUUGAAUGCCCCCCUUUCAUCUGGGUGUCUGGGCGGGCGUUUAUUGAACCCUGGGUCUCGGUUCUCUUUUCAAACUACCUCACCACCCAGAGACAGCCGAGGGUCACGAAUGCUGCUCGCCCCAGCCCCUUCAGAGAGCAAGAGGUUAAGGACAGGGCUGUCGGGGGGCCACCUCCCUGAGCGCGGGGUGGGAGGCAAUCCGGGUACAGGUGCCUCCUCCUAGCCAGAGAACGCUCCAUCCGCCCUGUUGAGAAAUCCUGGAGCCUCUGCUUCCUCCUCCAGAAACGUCUAGAUCUUGUCCCAAUGGCUCCUUCUCCCCUCCUGAAAAAUCCUCGCGCCUACGUGUUUUCAUCCAGAAACUACUAGUUCCCACUCUGGCGCCUCCGUCUCUCCUCUAGAGAAAUCCCAGCGCCGCCAUUUCCUCCUCCAGAGAUCUCUAGAUCUUGCCCCGACGCCACCAUCUCCCUUCUAGGAGGAUCCUUAUGCCUACAUAUUUUCCUCCAGAAACCUCUAGAUCCCACCCUGAUGGCUCCAUUUCCCUAUCUAUCUCAGAGAGCUGGAAGGGACCUUGCAAGGUCAUCAAAUCCAGUCCCCUGCCUUCGCAGCAGGACCAAGUAUCGUCCCUG